AUGGACGUUAAGCUCGCCCAUUUCACUGUUAAGGAAUACCUGGUUCUUAAAGGGGCAGAGUCUGGACCGUUAUCACGAUAUCAAUUCAGAAAUGAAAAAGCCCAGGCCUUUAUUUCGGGAAUGGCGGUUACAUACUUCAUCGAUCCGAAUAACUUCAAUGAAUCUAAGAGUAAGGGGAUCCCAUCGUCGCUACGUCGCUAUUUUGCAGAGUUCUGGCCAGAGCAUGCUAUCGAGGCUCUUGAUUCUGGUUACUAUAAUACGAAACAACUGCAACACCAAAUCGAUUUAUUAUUUAGUCUAGAUCAUUCACAGGGAUAUAUCACUUGGCUUCAGAUAUUUGACCAUGAUAGGGAGACCUAUGAUCAGGAUAUAAGGACGGAAUAUCCUCAACCGCUAUAUUACGCUGCGUUACUUGGACUUCGAAUGACGGCGAAAAUGCUCCUGGUUCAAGGUUGUCGAGUAAAGAUGUACGAGGGAAAGAAAGGGAAUGCAUUGAAUGCAGCAGCUAUUGAGGGGCAGUUUGAAAUUAUAAAAGAUUUAGAGAGGCAUCACGAAAGAAUUUGGAGGAUGGCGGACUUGGCAAGAAUUGCGCAGGGAAUAAGAAGAAAUAUUAGAAAUACUUUUGUACUAUUUUUAACAAAAGAGGCCAAGGCAGAUGUGGUGAUCACAGAAGAGGUGGUCAAGGCAGCGGCGGGGAAUUACAAUGGGAAAGAGGUGAUGAUGCUCUUGCUUGAGAAGCGAGGGCAGACGUAGUGAUCACAGAAGAGGUGGUCAAGGCAGCGGCGGGGAAUAAACACAAUGGGAAAGAGGUGAUGAUGCUCUUGCUUGAGAAGCGAGGGGCAGAUGUGGUGAUCACAGAAGAGAUUGUCAAGGCAGCGGCGGGGAACGCCGGAGCACCAAGCGACCAGGGGAAUUACACCGAGGCAGAGAAGAUGCACCGGGAGACGUUGUAA